AUGAUGUCUUCCGAAGCCCCCUACGACCCUUAUAUUCCCGCCGGUUCCAGCGGUGCUGCCGGUGGCGCUUCCGCGCAACAAAAUGGCAACCAGCGCACGGCCGCAUUGCAGGCGCAAAUUGACGACACUGUCGGCGUGAUGCGCGAGAACAUCAACAAGGUCUCCCAGCGUGGUGAGCGCCUCGACUCUCUCCAAGACAAGACCGACAACCUGGCCGUAUCAGCCCAGGGUUUCCGUCGGGGUGCCAACCGUGUACGCAAGCAGAUGUGGUGGAAGGACAUGAAGAUGCGCGUAUGCCUCGCUAUUUGCGUCGUCGUGCUUCUGGUUGUUAUCAUCGUGCCCGUUGCUGUAAAAUACCAUUAA